UAAGAGCAACACCCAACACAAGCCAGGAAAACAACAAAAGCGCCCAAAGUGCUUAGCCGUCGAGCACGCACGCCGAAAGCCACCCACACGACCUCCCUUAACUCCCACAACCCAGCGCAGUUGCCACCCUCCCCCCAAAAGCUUGUCGUCAAGCCCACAGCCACCCACCCCUCCAACCCCUUUUGGUUCAAGGGCUCCGUCAGCAGCAUCCCACAUCCUGGGACACCCCACAGUGAAACCCCGCAUUGAGUGAAUCCGCGUUUAAAUUUAAUCCACAAAAGCCAGUGAGUUGGCGGGCACAACAAUGGCUGCAUAUGCGCAGUUUGGAUACGCUGGCUACCCGACGGCAAAUCAGCUGACGACCGCCAAUACAGACAGCCAGAGCGGUCAUGGCGGCGGCUCACCUCUGUCCGGGACGAACGAGGCCUCGCUGAGUCCCUCGGGCGGCUCGACGGCCACCGGCCUGACCGUCGGCCCUUUGAGUCCAGGUGCCGUCUCCCAGUCCUCGCACCAUGCGGGUCACAAGGGUCUGUCCACAUCGCCGGUGGAGGAUGCCGUGGUCGGUGGUGCCGAGGUGCCCGGCGGCCUGUCAUCUGCCGCCGCUGCUGCCCAGGACAUACCCGGCGGUCGUGGGGGAUCCUGCUGCGAGAACGGAAGACCCAUUAUCACGGACCCGGUGUCCGGUCAGACGGUAUGCUCCUGUCAGUAUGAUCCUGCCCGGCUGGCCAUUGGUGGGUACUCACGGAUGGCCCUGCCCUCCGCUGGCGUGGGUGUCUACGGCGGGCCGUAUCCCUCCAAUGACCAGAACCCCUAUCCCAGCAUCGGAGUGGACAACUCGGCGUUCUACGCACCUCUGAGCAAUCCCUAUGGCAUCAAGGACACCAGUCCCAGCACCGAGAUGAGCGCCUGGACCUCGGCGAGUUUGCAGUCAACCACCGGAUACUAUUCCUACGACCCCACGCUGGCGGCCUACGGAUACGGACCCAACUAUGAUCUCGCCGCCCGGCGGAAGAACGCCACCCGCGAGUCCACGGCCACGCUGAAGGCCUGGCUGAGUGAGCACAAGAAGAAUCCGUAUCCCACGAAGGGCGAGAAGAUCAUGCUGGCCAUCAUCACCAAGAUGACACUGACCCAGGUCUCCACGUGGUUCGCCAAUGCCCGGCGGCGUCUGAAAAAGGAGAACAAGAUGACCUGGGAACCGAAGAAUAAGACCGAGGACGAUGACGAUGGCCUCAUGUCCGACGACGAGAAGGAGAAGGAUCCGGGUGAUGGUGGGAAGCUGGCCAGUGAAGCCUUCGAUCCGGGCAGUCAACUCAUCAAAUCCGAGCUGGGAAAGUCGGAGAAGGAGUCGGAGAGUGUUGACCAGAAGCUGGACCUGGAACGGGAGCCGCACAAUCUGGUGGCCAUGCGGGGCCUGGCUCCGUAUGCGACUCCACCCGGCGCCCAUCCCAUGCAUGCGGCCUACAGUUCGUAUACGCAAUCCCAUAACACGCAUACGCACCCCAAUCCCCAUCCGCACUCGCAUCCUCACGCCCAGCAGCUGCAACUCCAUCAGCAGCAGCAGCAGCAGCAACAUCAGCAACAGCACCAGCAACAGCACCAGCAGCUCCAGCAACAGCAGCAGCUCCAUCAGCAGCCACUGGAGCAGCCAUACUACCAUCCUGGAUACGGCCAGGAUGCGGAGUCGGCGGGGGACUUUGCGGCCCAAAAAAACCCGCUGAGCAGAGACUGUGGCAUCCCAGUUCCGGCGAGCAAGCCCAAGAUCUGGAGCGUGGCCGACACAGCCGCCUGCAAGACGCCGCCGCCCACCGCGGCGUAUCUCGGCCAGAACUUCUAUCCGCCGGCGGAGCAGCUGCACCACCACACCAGCCACAGCCAGCACCACCACCACCACCAGCAGCAACAUCCUCAACAGCAGCAGCAGCAGCAGCCGCAACUCCACUCGAUGGAGCUCGGUUCGCCGCUGAGUAUGAUGAGCAGCUACGCCGGCGGAUCGCCAUAUUCGCGGAUACCUACGGCGUACACCGAGGCCAUGGGCAUGCAUCUGCCCACCAGCAGCAGCAGCCAUUCCGGGAGCAGCAGCAGCUCCUCCUCCGGCAAGGUGGCGCCCAUCCCUAUCAGCGUCCAUCCCCGUCCGGUGGGGUUUCCCGAGAUCCAGCCCGAUACGCCGCCCCAGACGCCGCCCACUAUGAAGCUGGGGGGCGGCGGCCACAACAGCAGCAGCGGGAGCAGCAGCAGCAGCAGCAGUCACAGCCACAGUUCCUCGAUCCAUUCCGCUGCUCCGGUGACGGUGGCUUCCAUGGUCAACAUUUUGUACAGUAACGAGGCGGCGGCAGCAGCAGCAGCGGCGGCGGCGGCGGGCUAUGGUCAUGUCCAUGGUCAUGGGGUGGGGCAUGGCGCCUACCUAACGGAGGGACGUUCCGGGUCGUAAACCCACUAGACCGUGGACCGUGGACCGUGGACCAGUUACCAGAUACCAAAUACAACAAAAAAGCGAAACUACUUACACAUUUCGAUGGCGGGACAAGUGCAACUAGACGACUACGAUUACGAUUACGAUUACCAAGAUAGCGAUAACUACACUAAUUAUUUUGCAAUAAAUGUAGCUUAAGUACGGCAAUAAAACUUUAUUUCCUACCAUAUCAUAAA